GCGGCGGCGGCGGCGGCGGCGGCGCGCGGGGCGGGCCCGGGGCGCGCGCGGGGCAGGUGUGGGGCUGGGGCGCGUGCACGUGGCCGGCGGGCGGCCAUCGGAGCCAGUGGCGGCGGAGGGACAGGUGUGUGGGGGGCGAGGGGGCUGAGCGGCCUGCCUUGUCUGUCUCCUGCCUUUCUUCUCUGGUUGCUGCACUUGGGGUCCAGGAUGUGAACCUGACAAAGGAGCCCCAGAGAUGCCCGGCCCGGGCAGCAGCCAUGCCCACCGUCUGCCUCCUCCUGCUGCUGCUCGGCACCGUGGAGGGGACCCUGGGUGGCAGCAGGCCCUUCCCCACCUUCGUGGUGACGGACACCACGCUCACGCACCUGGUCGUGCACCGGGUGAGCGGGGAAGUGUUCGUGGGAGCCGUAAACCGGGUCUUCAAGCUGGCCCCCAACCUGACGGAGCUGCGGGCGCACGUCACGGGGCCUGUGCGGGACAACACACGCUGCUACCCACCGCCCAGCAUGCGCGUGUGUGCCCACCACCUGGCCCCUGCCGACAACGUCAACAAGCUGCUGCUCAUUGACUACGCCGCCCGGCGCCUGCUGGCCUGCGGCAGCAUCUGGCAAGGCAUCUGCCAGUUCCUGCGCCUGGACGACCUGUUCAAGCUGGGCGAGCCGCACCACCGCAAGGAGCAUUACCUGUCGGGCACGCAGGAGCCCGACUCCAUGGCUGGCGUGAUCGUGGAGCAGGGCCAGGGCCCCAGCAAGCUGUUCGUGGGCACAGCCGUGGACGGCAAGUCCGAGUACUUCCCCACACUGAGCUCCCGCAAGCUCAUCAACGACGAGGACAGCAGCGACAUGUUCAGUCUGGUGUACCAGGAUGAGUUCGUGUCCUCGCAGAUCAAAAUCCCGUCUGACACGCUGUCGCUGUACCCCGCCUUUGAUAUCUACUACAUCUAUAGCUUCGUCAGUGCCUCUUUCGUCUAUUUCCUGACGCUGCAGCUGGACACACAGCAAACGCUGCUGGACACGGCAGGCGAGAAAUUCUUCACGUCCAAGAUUGUGCGCAUGUGCGCCGGGGACUCAGAGUUCUACUCGUACGUGGAGUUUCCCAUCGGCUGUUCGUGGCUCGGUGUGGAGUACCGUCUGGUGCAGAGCGCCUACCUGGCCAAGCCUGGCACGCUGCUGGCCCGGGCCCUGGGUGUGCCGACUGACGAGGAUGUGCUGUUCACCAUCUUCUCCCAGGGCCAGAAGAACCGCGCCAGCCCGCCGCGGCAGACCAUUCUCUGCCUCUUCACCCUCAGUGACAUCAAUGCCCACAUCCGCCGCCGCAUCCAGUCCUGCUACCGCGGCGAGGGCACCUUGGCCCUACCCUGGCUGCUCAACAAAGAGCUGCCCUGCAUCAACACGCCCAUGCAGAUCAACGGCAACUUCUGCGGGCUGCUGCUGAACCAGCCUCUGGGCGGCUUGCACGUGAUUGAGGGGCUGCCCCUGCUGGCUGACAGCAGUGACGGCAUGGCCAGCGUCGCGGCCUACACCUACCGCCGCCACUCCGUGGUCUUCAUUGGCACUCGCAGUGGCAGUCUCAAGAAGGUGCGGGUGGAUGGUGCCCAGGAGGCCCACCUGUACGAGACGGUGCCUGUGGUGGACGGCAGCCCGAUCCUGCGAGAUCUGCUCUUCAGCCCUGACCACCGGCACAUCUACCUCCUGAGUGAGAAGCAGGUGAGCCAGCUCCCGGUGGAGACCUGUGAGCAGUACCUGAGCUGUGCGGCCUGCCUGGGCUCAGGGGACCCGCACUGCGGCUGGUGCGUGCUGCAGCACAGGUGCUGCCGAGAAGGGGCCUGUCCGGGAGCCUCCACCCCUCACGGCUUUGCAGAAGAGCUCAGCAAGUGUGUCCAGGUGCGCGUGCGGCCUAACAACGUGUCAGUGACAUCGCCCGGGGUGCAGCUGACUGUGGCUGUGCGCAACGUGCCGGACCUCAGCGCAGGGGUGAGCUGUGCCUUCGGGGAGGUGACGGAGAGUGAGGCCAUCCUGCUGCCCUCGGGGGAGCUGCGCUGCUCCUCACCCUCCCUGCGGGAGCUCCGGGCUCUCACCCGGGGACACGGGGCCACGCGCACCCUGCAGCUGCAGUUGCUGUCCAAGGAGACAGGCGUGCGCUUCGCAGGGGCCGACUUUGUCUUCUACAACUGUAGCGUCCUGCAGUCGUGCAUGUCCUGCGUCGGCAGCCCUUACCCCUGCCACUGGUGUAAGUACCGGCACAUGUGCACCGGCCACCCUCAUGAGUGCUCCUUCCUGGAGGGCAGGGUUCGCAGCCCUGAGGGCUGCCCUGAGAUCCUGCCCAGUGGGGACCUCCUGAUCCCAGUGGGCGUCAUGCAGCCCCUCACCCUCCGUGCCAAGAACCUGCCGCAGCCGCAGUCGGGGCAGAAGAACUAUGAGUGUGUGGUGCGGGUGCAGGGCCGCCAGCAGCGCGUGCCCGCCGUGCGCUUCAACAGCAGCAGUGUGCAGUGCCAGAAUGCCUCGUACUCCUACGACGGUGAUGAGCACGGCGACAUGGAGCUGGACUUUGCCGUAGUCUGGGAUGGAGACUUCCCCAUCGAUAAGCCUCCUACCUUCCGAGCCCUCCUGUACAAGUGCUGGGCGCAGCGGCCCAACUGUGGCCUCUGCCUCAAGGCCGACCCACGCUUCAACUGCGGCUGGUGUGUCCUGGAGCACAGGUGCCAGCUGCGGGCUCAGUGCCCGGCCCCCAAGGCCAACUGGAUGCACCCCAGCCAGAAGGGCGCCCGCUGCAGUCACCCCCACAUCUCCCAGAUCCACCCACUCAUGGGCCCCAAGGAGGGCGGCACUCGGAUCACCAUUGUGGGUGAGAACCUGGGUCUCAACUCUCUGGAGGUGAGCGUGCGGGUGGCCGGUGUGCGGUGCAACUCCCUUCCUGAAGAGUACGUCAGCGCCGAGAGGAUUGUAUGUGAGAUGGAGGAGUCGCUGGUGCCCAGCCCGCAGCCCGGGCCUGUGGAGCUCUGUGUGGGUGCUUGCUCCGCCGACUUCCGCACACAGUCUGAGCAGCUCUACAGCUUCGUGACACCAGUAUUCCACGGGGUGAGCCCAGGUCGGGGCCCAGCAGCGGGGGGCACACGGCUCACCAUCUCCGGGAGCUCUCUGGACGCUGGUAGCAGCGUCACAGUGACUGUGAGAGAUGGCGAGUGCCAGUUUGUGAGGAGAGACGCCGGGGCCAUCGUGUGCAUCUCGCCUGUGUCCACCCUGGGCCCCAGUCAGGCCCCCAUCACCCUGGCCAUCGACCGCGCCAACAUCUCCAGCCCUGGAGUCCUCUACACAUACACACAGGACCCCACCGUCACUCGCCUGGAGCCUACUUGGAGCAUCAUCAAUGGAAGCACUGCCAUCACUGUGAGUGGGACCCACCUGCUAACAGUCCAGGAACCCCGUGUUCGAGCCAAGUAUCGGGGCAUCGAGACCACCAAUACCUGCCAGGUCAUCAAUGACACUGCCAUGCUGUGCAAAGCCCCUGGCAUCUUCCCAGGGCGGCCCCAGCCUCGGGCCCAGGGCGAGCACCCAGACGAGUUUGGCUUCCUGCUGGACCAUGUGCAGACAGCUCGCUCCCUUAACCGCUCGUCCUUCACCUACUACCCUGACCCCAGCUUCGAACCGCUCGGGCCCUCGGGUGUGCUGGACGUGAAGCCAGGUUCCCAUGUGGUGCUGAAGGGCAAGAACCUGAUCCCUGAGGCCUCCGGCAGCUCGCGCCUGAACUACACGGUGCUAAUCGGAGGCCGGCCAUGUGCGCUCACUGUCUCGGACACGCAGCUGCUGUGCGAUUCGCCCAGCCAGACGGGCAGGCAGCCUGUCAUGGUUCUGGUGGGCGGCCUGGAGUUCUGGCUGGGGACCCUGCACAUCUCGGCCGAGCGCGCACUGACGCUGCCUGCCAUGGUGGGGCUGGCAGUGGGCGCCGGGCUCCUGCUGCUGGCCAUUGCGGCUGUGCUGGUGGCCUACAAGCGCAAGACUCAGGAUGCUGACCGCACUCUCAAGCGACUACAGCUGCAGAUGGACAACCUGGAGUCCCGCGUGGCCCUGGAGUGCAAGGAAGCUUUUGCAGAGCUGCAAACGGACAUCAACGAGCUGACCAACCACAUGGAUGGGGUGCAGAUCCCCUUCCUGGACUACCGGACCUACGCUGUGCGCGUGCUCUUCCCGGGCAUCGAGGCCCACCCGGUGCUCAAGGAGCUGGAUACGCCCCCAAAUGUGGAGAAGGCCCUGCGCCUCUUCGGGCAGCUGCUGCACAGUCGCGCCUUCGUGCUCACCUUCAUCCACACGUUGGAGGCCCAGGCCAGCUUCUCCAUGCGCGACCGAGGUACCGUGGCCUCGCUCACCAUGGUGGUGCUGCAGAGCCGCCUGGACUACGCCACGGGGCUGCUCAAGCAGCUGCUGGCCGACCUCAUCGAGAAGAACCUUGAGAGCAAGAACCACCCCAAGCUGCUGCUGCGCAGGACCGAGUCGGUGGCAGAGAAGAUGCUCACCAACUGGUUCACUUUCCUGCUGCACAAGUUCCUGAAGGAGUGCGCGGGGGAGCCCCUCUUCCUGCUCUUCUGCGCCAUCAAGCAGCAGAUGGAGAAGGGGCCCAUCGAUGCCAUCACCGGGGAGGCACGCUACUCGCUGAGCGAGGACAAGCUCAUUCGUCAGCAGAUCGACUACAAGACACUGACCCUGCACUGUGUGUGUCCAGAGAGCGAGGGCAGUGCUCAGGUCCCAGUAAAGGUCCUCAACUGCGACAGCAUCACCCAGGCCAAAGACAAGCUGCUGGAUGCCGUGUACAAGGGCACCCCGUACUCCCAGCGCCCCAAAGCCGAGGACAUGGACUUAGAGUGGCGCCAGGGCCGAAUGGCCCGCAUCACCCUACAGGACGAGGAUGUCACCACCAAGAUUGAGUGCGACUGGAAGCGGGUCAACUCGCUGGCACACUACCAGGUGACUGAUGGGUCCUUGGUAGCACUGGUGCCCAAACAAGUGUCUGCCUAUAACAUGGCCAACUCCUUCACCUUUACUCGCUCCCUCAGCCGCUACGAAAGCCUGCUGCGCACAGCUAGCAGCCCCGACAGCCUGCGCUCCCGAGCACCCAUGAUCACGCCUGACCAGGAGACAGGCACCAAGCUGUGGCACCUGGUGAAGAACCAUGACCAUGCCGACCACAGGGAGGGGGACCGUGGCAGCAAGAUGGUGUCUGAGAUCUACCUGACUCGGCUGCUGGCCACCAAGGGCACACUGCAGAAGUUCGUGGAUGACCUGUUUGAGACGGUGUUCAGCACGGCGCACCGAGGCUCGGCCUUGCCGCUGGCCAUCAAGUACAUGUUUGACUUCCUGGAUGAGCAGGCUGACCGGCGCCAGAUCACUGACCCCGACGUGCGCCACACCUGGAAGAGCAACUGCCUGCCCCUGCGGUUCUGGGUGAACGUCAUCAAGAACCCGCAGUUCGUGUUCGACAUCCACAAGAGCAGCAUCACGGACGCCUGCCUGUCGGUGGUGGCGCAGACCUUCAUGGACUCCUGCUCCACGUCCGAGCACCGGCUGGGCAAGGACUCGCCCUCCAACAAGCUGCUCUACGCCAAGGACAUCCCCAGCUACAAGAGCUGGGUGGAGAGGUACUACCGAGACAUCUCCAAGAUGGCAUCCAUCAGCGACCAGGACAUGGAUGCCUACCUGGUGGAGCAGUCCCGCCUGCACGCCAGCGACUUCAACGUCUUGAGUGCGCUCAGUGAGCUCUAUUUCUACGUCGCCAAGUACCGCCAGGAGGUUCUGAGUGCACUGGACCAAGAUGCCUCUUGUCGGAAGCAUAAGUUGCGGCAGAAGCUGGAGCAGAUCAUCAGCCUGGUGUCCAGCACGAACUGAAGGUUGGAGCAGAGAGGGGGCCGCUCAGGCGAGCUGGCCUCCAUCAGGGGCGCCUCAUGCCAGGCGCACGGGAGAGGUUGCAUGGCUGGACACCCUCCACAUGCCUGGGCCCCCUUCUUUAGUGCCUUGCUUUGGGCCCUGCAGGGGGAGGGGUCUGGGGCCAGCCUAGCCCCAGCCCUGCAGCAGCAAUGCCCCCACUCCUGCCCUUGUGCCCAGGUGAUGUGACGGCUCCGCCCCCACUCUAUCCCCAGCCUCCUAUUUAUUUAAACCCCACCAUGCCGGCCCCCUUGUGACUGCUCCCCCCAGGGCUGCUGACCUCGCUCGCCUCCCGUACCUCACUCUUGCCCUGGUUGGCCCCACCUGUCCCAAGAAGGAGGCCUCACACCAGCGACUCUUGGGUGGGGUGGUGACACGUCGUCAGACUGUGGCUGUGCCCCAGAAUCUCCCCAGACUCCUCGGACUCAGCCCAUCCUUCCUCUCCAAGUACCGGGAGAGCUUCCAGCGGCCCGGUGCCUGGCAGGACCCAGGCCUGGGUGCUCCUGCCAAGUGUCCUCGCUGUGCUCCCAGAAGGCUCGGUCCUCAGCUGCCCUGGGCUGCACCGGCCCCGAGGGGCUGAGGCACUGGUGCCUUACUCCUUCCGCCCUCUGCCUCUCGGAGUAACCUGGCUGUGGCUCACGGUCCCGGAAACCCGUUCUCUCCCCUGGUCACAGGAAUCUUUUGUGUCAUGUUCCUCCCCCAUUAAAUGUGGAGCAGGUG